CCAGCAUUCAAUCAUCAACAGUAAAGUCGUUGACGUCGUUCUCAGGAAGCGGUAGAAUGGUGCUUUCAGCGGUAUCAUUUUGAGUCGACGAGGUUGCGUAAUAUUUAACUUUAAAAUAGACAUUUUGUUUUAGAAGCUGACAGAACAUAUUAAAGCUAUUCAAUUCUUAAGGGUAUAUUAAAUUUUAGGACCAGAAAUAAUCUUUUUCCUUUGAGGGCUUUCAUCGUCACAGAUUGUUUCCACGAUGCCAAGAGGAGGCAGAAAGGGCCAUAAGGGCCGUGGGAAACAGUUCAGCAACCCUGAGGAGAUUGAUCGGCAAAUGAAAGCUCAGAGGGAAUUGGAGGCGAAAGAAGGGGCUGAACGUGGAAGUUCAUCAGAAUCUGAAGAGGAGAGCAGCAGUGACGAUGAACAACCUAAAAGGAAAGGUGUAGAAGGACUUAUUGAAAUCGAGAACCCGAACAGGGUCGCCCAUAAAAGCAAGAAGGUUGUGGAAAUAGAUGUCAACGCACCUAAAGAGCUCUCACGUCGAGAAAGGGAGGAGAUUGAGAAGCAGAAGGCUAAGGAGCGAUACAUGAAGCUGCAUCUAGAAGGGAAGACGGACCAGGCCAGGGCAGACCUUGCCAGGCUGGCCAUUAUCAAAAAGCAGAGGGAGGAUGCAGCAAAAAAGCGAGAAGAGCUAAGGAAAGAAAAAGAAGCAGAAGAGGCAAAGUCGAAACGCUAGCCCAAGCAUCAUCAUCACAGGACAGGGCUUUUCUGGGGAGGGAGGGAAGGGGACUAGUUGUUUAGAGGAAACAGCUCAGGGGUAUCCAUACAUGUCAUCCUUCCAUCCAUCCAAGGUUGGAGGGGUAUUUGGACAUUUAUAGGAAGUCAAAUGGGAGGUGGUAUACAGUGUUGGAGUUUGUUUGGUUAUUAAUUUUCAAAACCACCAAACUUCGCUCACUUUAUCCCUCCCGACACAUUCACUGUGCUCAGACUCUAAAGCUGCUGGAGUUUACUCUCAAACUCUACAUUUCUAUAAUGUUAUCACCUUUAGAUUAGAUUGGGAUGUUAUGGCAGAGUGAGGUUGGUCAGGUGUACUCACAUGAGCUGUGGUUUUCUGACGGGGAAGAAGCAGGUUGUAGUGUGGAACAGUCUAACACUAAAUAGACAUUUAGUCUCUAUCCAUCGAAUGAUAUCAACACGUGUACUGUCUAUAAUUUUGACCACCUUUGUGGCCUCAUUCUGUUUAAGUGCAAAACAAUGCAGCUCUAGUAAUUUUAAGGUUGUUCCUUGGUAUAAUCAGGACAUGCUUGGACAUAAUGCUGCAGGUUAGAUUCUCAUUUAUAAUGUUGAUGUUUUUAAAUACUUAAACACAAUAUAAUUCAAUCUUGGAACAAGGCGUCACUAUGAACAGGACAGUAUUAAAGUAACUGCCUCGGCACAGCUGACUGGGCUGUUGCAUGUCUCCGCUUCACCACUUCAACUUCUAUAAUGCCCCUUUACUCAGGGUUGUACAUUUCUCUUGAAGUGGGACCCUUGUUUUUGUCACAACCAGACCCACUGGUGUGUCCUCAAAAUAUUUUGAAGAGUUUUAUGCUUUAGCCCACUGCUGGGACCUGACUUGCCUUGACUGUUUAAGGAAAGCAAUAUUACCUUGAUAAUGCUGAUGGUGCAACUUUUUUUUUUUUUUUUUUUCUUUCAGCUCUUAAACACAAUUAUUUACAAAGUGUUUUAACAUUUGUAAUGCAUUCAUCAGUACAGAAAUAUGUAUUUACUUGGGGGUAUUGAUAUGAAGUCAGUAGAAUUCCUUAUUUGAACUUUGUUGUAUACAAAUAAAUGAAUUGGUAAAUGAAUAAAAAGUGUUUUCUCCUGUCAAA